AGUGGAGCAGAUGCUGCAAAGGCGGUCGGCUGAGGAGUACUUCGGCAGUGCGCGUGAGCAGGGCAGCGGGGACGAGCAGCUCUCUGAACCCGUCCAGCGGUCUGAGGUUGGUUCUGCUCUGAAGUUCGGCUCGGAGUCUGCUGGACUUCUGGGAGACUUGAAGAAGGUGCACGCGCUGCGCUCUCCAGCAGGGCGAGCGGCGGCUGACGAUCAUUCAGGCUCGGCGGCGCUGCAGACAUGUCCAUCAUCACGCAGCUGGGGCUGCUGCUGUGGAAGAACUUCACCUACAGACGGCGGCAGAAGCUCCAGCUCCUGGUGGAAAUUGUCUGGCCGCUCUUCAUCUUCUUCAUCCUCAUCGCAGUGCGCCUGAACUACCCUCCCUACGAGCAGCAUGAGUGCCAUUUUCCAAACAAAGCCAUGCCGUCUGCCGGAACACUACCAUGGAUCCAGGGGAUUCUGUGCAAUGCGAACAACCCGUGCUUCAGGAACCCGACCCCUGGCGAGUCGCCGGGCAUCGUGGGAAACUUUAACGACUCCAUAAUUUCUCGUCUGUUCUCCGACGCCAAGAAGAUUCUUCUGUACAGUCAGAACGACAAGAACCUGGAGGGCUUCAAGGAGCUGGCACGAACACUGCAGGCGCUGCAGAGCAGCCGCUCAGGCUUUCAGCUGAAGCAUUUCCUGCAAGACAAUGAGACUCUGUCGAGAUUCCUGCUAGCAAACGCCUCCUUCCCCGAGAAAAGCAUCCAACAGAUCAGGGAGGCCCACAUCAACCUGGAGAAGGUGAUUGUGGAAGGUUUCAAUGUCCACCUGAAGGACAUGUGUCCCACAAAGGGGGGCCGCCAGAACCUGACCGACUAUGUGAGGAUUUCAGACCCAGAAGUGGCAGCACGGGUUCAGCAGGUCAUCUGUGAGGCACCGGCGGCCUGGUUGGAUCUGGCUGAAGAGCACUUCAUGUCCAAUCUGGACUUCUUCAGACCCGUCCGGAGGGACGUCCACUCCGACCCCGAGGCCGUUCAGCGGGUAGCCGCUGCAGCCAACAACCUCCUGGACAGUCUGGCUUCGCUCGCAGUGGAGUUGGCAGGAAUGAAGAGCUGGAUUGAUCUGAGGAAUGAGAUCAUCUUCUUGACCCAGAACGCCACAUCGUCGCCCAGCGCCAUGUACCAGGCCGUCUCCAGGAUCGUGUGCGGUCACCCUGAAGGCGGCGGCCUCCAGAUCAAAUCCCUCAACUGGUAUGAAGACAGCAACUACAAAGCUCUGUUUGGAAACCACAACAGCAGCGAGGACGAGUCCACACUCUACGACAACUCUUCAACUCCGUUCUGUAACAGCCUGGUGAGCAACAUGGACUCCAGUCCCAUGGCUCACAUGAUCUGGCAGGCUCUGAAACCUCUGCUGCUGGGGAAGAUCCUGUACACCCCUCACACCCCCGCCACUCAGAAGAUCAUCCAUGAGGUGAACCGGACGUUCCAGGAGCUUGGUGUGUUCAGGGACCUGGGGGGCAUGUGGGAGGAGAUGAGACCCAAAGUGUGGGACUUCAUGGAGAGCAGCCAGGAGAUGAACAUGAUCAGGACGAUGCUGAAGAACAACAUUACUGCUAGUUUUCUUACCAGUAAGCUUGCAAGCACCGACUGGACCGUGGACACAUUGUCCACCUUCCUGUCCAAUCAAGUGGACAACUCACACCUGCCUGAAAGCAUCGUCACCUGGAGGAAAGUCUUCAACGAGACAGACCAGGCCAUCAUGAGCAUCUCCCGUUUCAUGGAGUGUGUGAAUCUGGACAAGCUGGAGCCGGUGUCCAACGAGGAGCUAAUGAUCAACCGCUCCAUGAAGCUCCUGGAGGACAGGAAGUUCUGGGCCGGGAUCGUGUUCCCAGACAUCGCCCCCAACGCCACCGCGCUACCGCCCAAAGUCAACUACAAGAUCCGCAUGGACAUCGACAAUGUGGAACGGACCAACAAGAUCAAAGACGCGUACUGGGACCCGGGCCCUCGUGCUGACCCAUUUGAAGAUAUGCGAUACAUCUGGGGCGGUUUCACAUACCUGCAGGAUGUCAUUGAGCAAGGCAUCAUCAGAGCACUGACGGGCACCAAGGAGAAGACUGGCGUCUACAUCCAGCAGAUGCCUUACCCGUGCUACGUAGACGACAUCUUCCUGCGAGUGAUGAGCCGCUCCAUGCCGCUCUUCAUGACGCUGGCCUGGAUGUACUCGGUGUCCAUCAUUCUGAAGAGUGUGGUGUACGAGAAGGAGGCCCGGCUGAAGGAGACCAUGAGGAUCAUGGGACUGGACAAUGGCAUCCUGUGGUUCAGCUGGUUCAUCAGCAGCCUGAUUCCUCUGCUGAUUAGUGCAGGACUGCUGGUGUUGCUGCUCAAGAAGGGGAACCUGCUACCCUACAGUGACCCAGGAGUCAUCUUCCUCUUCCUGGGGUCGUUUGCUGUGGUCACCAUCAUGCAGUGUUUCCUCAUCAGCACUGCGUUUGCCCGUGCCAAUCUGGCUGCAGCCUGCGGAGGGAUCAUCUACUUCACCCUCUACCUACCCUACGUGCUCUGCGUGGCCUGGCAAGACUAUAUUGGCUAUGGAGCCAAAGUGAUGGCCAGCCUCCUGUCGCCUGUAGCGUUUGGGUUUGGCUGUGAGUACUUUGCGCUGUUUGAGGAGCAGGGGGUCGGUAUCCAGUGGAGCAACCUGCUGUCGAGUCCUCUUCAAGAGGAUGACUUCAGCCUCCGUACCACCAUCCUCGUCAUGUACUUUGACUCCUUUCUAUACGGGGUCCUCACCUGGUAUAUCGAGGCUGUGUUUCCAGGUCAGUAUGGGAUCCCUCGGCCGUGGUACUUCCCCUUCACAAAGUCUUACUGGUUUGGAGAUAAAGAUGAAAACUCCAGCAAAAUCCCUUUAAAUCGGAGAAGAAACCAAACUGCUGUUUGUGUGGAGGAGGAGCCUGCUCACCUGGAACCUGGGGUCUACAUCGAGAACCUGGUGAAGGUAUACCGUCAAGGUAAGAAGCUAGCGGUGGACGGACUGACGCUGGGAUUCUACGAGGGACAAAUUACAUCCUUCUUGGGACACAAUGGAGCUGGAAAAACGACCACCAUGUCCAUUCUAACCGGCUUGUUCCCUCCCACUUCUGGCACCGCCUACAUCUUGGGAAAAGACAUCCGGACGGAUCUAAAUGCCAUCAGGCAGAGUCUGGGCGUCUGUCCGCAGCACAACGUCCUUUUCAGCAUGCUGACAGUGGAAGAGCACAUUUGGUUCUACGCCAGACUCAAAGGUCUGCCGGAGGAGCAGGUGAAAGGUGAGAUCGAGCACAUCCUCCAGGACACGGGGCUGCAGCACAAACGCCGGUCCAGAACCAGCACUCUGUCCGGGGGCAUGCAGAGGAAGCUGUCGGUGGCCCUGGCCUUUGUGGGGGGAGCAAAAGUGGUGAUCCUGGACGAGCCCACCGCUGGCGUUGACCCGUACGCCCGCAGAGGCAUCUGGGAUUUGCUGCUUAAGUAUCGACAGGGUCGGACCAUCAUCCUCUCCACACAUCACAUGGACGAGGCCGACAUUUUGGGUGACCGCAUCGCCAUCAUCUCUCAUGGGAAGCUGUGCUGCGUGGGUUCCUCUCUCUACCUGAAGAACCAGCUGGGGUCAGGAUAUUACCUGACGCUGGUGAAGAAGGACCCAGAAACAUCACUGAGCUCCUGCAGGAACUCCUCCAGCACCAUCUCCUUCAACAAGAAGGAUGAAGAAAACACCUCGGUGAGCAGCAGCGACGCAGGACUCGGCAGCGAACAUGAAAGUGAGGCAGCAACCAUCGAGAAUGGCCCGGCAGCCUCCAUCUGCACUGUCCCCUUUGUGCCCACCGACACGUCUCUGGUGUCAGCCCUGAUCCUGCGUCAUGUCCCGACCGCUCGCCUGGUGGAGGACCUGGGGCACGAGCUGACCUACAUUCUGCCGUACAGCGCCGCCAAGAACGGAGCCUUUGUCGAGCUCUUCAAGGACCUGGACUUGAAACUGCACGAGCUCGGCAUCUCGAGCUACGGAGUGUCCGACACCACGCUGGAGGAGAUUUUCCUGAAAGUGGCUGAAGAUAAUGGAGUGGAUACUGAAGUUCUCUCAGACGGCACCCUUCCCGUCCGGGCACGGAGGAGGACUCACGCCUUUGGGGGCGGAGAACAUCAGAGCUGCCUGAAACCCAUAUCAGAAGACGACACCUAUGACUGCAAUGACUCAGAGGGAGACCCUGACUGCAGGGAGACGGACUGGCUGAGCUGCACAGAGGGCAAAGGCUCGUAUCAGGUAAAUGGGUGGAGCCUAAGGAGGCAGCAGUUCGUGGCUCUGAUGUGGAAGCGCUUCCUGUACGCACGGCGCUCCAGAAAAGGAUUCUUUGCUCAGAUCGUUCUCCCGGCCGUGUUUGUCUGCAUCGCUCUGGUGUUCAGCCUCAUUGUGCCACCUUUUGGGAAGUAUCCCAGUCUGGAGCUGCAGCCAUGGAUGUACGAGGAUCAGGUCACCUUCAUCAGCGACGACGCUCCCGGAGACGCCAACAUGCAGAAGUUACUGAAGUCUCUAAUGGAGCCUCCAGGUUUUGGGACACGCUGCAUGGACGGAUACUCCAUUCCAGAGUCUCCCUGCACGAUGGGUGAUGAAGACUGGCACAACCCAGACGUUCCUGAGAGUCUCCAGCAGUUGUUUAGUUCUGGAAACUGGACCAUGGAGAACCCGUCCCCAAGCUGCUUCUGCGCCUCUGAUGGCAAGAAGAGGAUGCUGCCAGACUGUCCCGUGGGAGCAGGCGGUCUGCCUCCCCCUGAGAUGAAGCUGAGCGCCACAGACACCUUACAGAACCUGACUGGAAGAAACAUCUCAGACUACCUGGUGAAAACUUACGCUCAGAUCAUCGGGAAGAGCCUGAAUAACAAAGUCUGGGUGAACGAGUUCAGGUACGGAGGCUUCUCAUUGGGUGCCAGGAGUACACAGGUGCUCCCACCAGCUAACGAGAUCGAUGACGCCAUCGAGAGAGUCCGAAAUAUCUUCGAGCUACAGAAGGGUGCUGCUGCAGAUCGAUUCCUUGACAGCCUGUCCAACUUCAUCAAUGGUCUGGACACAAAGAACAACGUUAAGGUCUGGUUCAACAACAAGGGCUGGCACAGCGUCCCGGCCUUCAUGAACGUGAUGAACAACGCCAUCCUGAGAGCUAACCUGCCUCCUGGUGCAGACCCCAGCAACUACGGCAUCAUGUCCUUCAACCACCCGCUGAACCUGACCAAGGAGCAGCUGUCGCAGGUGGCCCUGGUAACGACCUCUGUGGACGUUCUGGUUUCCAUCUGUGUCAUCUUCGCCAUGUCCUUCGUUCCUGCGAGCUUCGUGGUCUUCCUCAUCCAGGAGCGAGUCAACAAAGCCAAACACAUGCAGUUCAUCAGCGGCGUGCAGCCACUGCUCUACUGGACGGCCAACUUCCUUUGGGACAUGUGUAACUACUUUGUCCCGGCCGCCCUCGUCAUCCUCAUCUUUGUCUGCUUUCAACAAAAAGCCUAUGUGUCAUCUGCCAACCUGCCGGUUCUCGCGCUGCUGCUGCUGCUCUACGGCUGGUCCAUCACUCCCCUCAUGUACCCGGCAUCCUUCUUCUUCACCAUCCCCAGCACGGCUUAUGUCGUCCUCACCAGCGUCAACAUCCUCAUCGGCAUCAACGGCAGCAUCUCCACCUUCGUCAUGGAGCUUUUUGGAGACCACGAGAUCGGAGGCAUCAACGACAUCCUGAAGAAUGUUCUGCUCAUCUUUCCACACUUCUGUCUCGGCCGAGGACUCAUCGACAUGGUGAAGAACCAGGCGAUGGCCGACGCCCUCGAGAGAUUUGGUGAGAACAGGUUCCGCUCGCCUCUGGAGUGGGACAUGGUGGGGAAAAACCUCUUUGCCAUGGCUGUGGAGGGAGUGGUCUUCUUCAUCAUCACUCUCCUCAUCCAGUACAAGUUCUGCAUCAAGCCCAGGCCGAUCAGUAAGCUCACCAAGAUGGGAUCUCUGGGAGAGGAGGAUGAGGAUGUGGCCCGGGAGAGACAGCGCAUCGUCCAAGGUCUUGGACAGGGAGACAUCCUGGAGCUCCGCCAGCUCACCAAGGUGUUUAAGAGGAAGCAGAAGCCGGCUGUGGAUAGACUUUGUGUGGGGAUUCCACCUGGAGAGUGUUUUGGCCUUCUCGGGGUUAAUGGAGCUGGAAAAACAACAACCUUCAAGAUGCUGACUGGGGACACCAUGGUGACUAGUGGAGAAGCCUUCCUGGCUGGAAAAAGCAUCCUCAGGGAGAUCGACGAGGUCCAUCAGAACAUGGGCUACUGUCCUCAGUUUGACGCCAUCAACGAGCUGCUGACGGGAAGAGAGCACCUGGAGCUGUACGCCGUGCUCAGAGGCGUUCCUGGGAACGAAGUGUGCGACGUGGCUGAGUGGGGCAUCAGGAAGUUGAGCCUGCUGAAGUACGCGGACAAAAGAGCUGGAAGCUACAGCGGAGGAAACAUGAGGAAGCUGUCGACGGCCAUCUCUCUGAUCGGAGCGCCCCCUGUGGUCUUCCUGGACGAGCCCACCACCGGCAUGGACCCCAAGGCCCGCCGCGCCCUCUGGAACUGCAUCCACAGCGUGAUUAAACAGGGGCGCUCCAUCGUCCUCACCUCCCACAGUAUGGAGGAGUGUGAGGCUCUGUGCACCAGGAUGGCCAUCAUGGUGAACGGCAGGUUUAGAUGUUUGGGCAGCGUCCAGCACCUGAAGAACAGGUUUGGGGACGGCUACACCAUUAUUCUGCGGGUGGCGGGGCCCGACCCAGACCUGCUGCCCGUCAUGAAGUUCAUCGAGAGCGAGCUGAGCGGCAGCACGCUGAAGGAGAAGCACCGCAACAUGCUGCAGUACCAGCUGCCCUCAUCGCUUACGUCACUCGCACACAUCUUCUCCAUCCUCGCCAAGAACAAAGACACGCUGCGGAUCGAGGACUACUCUGUCACUCAGACCACACUGGACCAGGUGUUUGUUAACUUUGCAAAGGACCAGAGUGAUGACUACGUCACCAAAGAUGCUUCCGUAAGGCGAAAAGACACCAUUAUUGAAGUGCCAGAACUUGGCUCCGCCCAUGGAGCAGCUGAGGGAGGGGCCAGCCAGAGGGAGAGCAUCAUGUGACAUUUGAAGGCUACAACUUCAGAUUGGACUUGCAGCAGGGAGGACGCCCGAGCCUCCCCUGCUUUGACGUGCCAGUGAUUUGAGUUUGGAGGUGGGCGGAGCUAUCUGCUACUUGAUGCCAGCCAAUGCAAACGGUUUCCUGUGGAGGUGAAACUCGCACCCCGCAGCCUCUCGUGGUUGAACAUGAGGAGCUGCUGUUCUGAACUAAGGAUGAAGAAUCAAAAUCAUUUCAAACGGCCGAGGGCUCGAGCGCAAAUUUUUUUACAAACCUUGAUUUUUGUCAUGGGACUUUAUUUAUAUUUGUAGCUGAAACACUGACUGUUAAUCUGUUUUAUUUUGAAAAUGUCCUUGCUAUUUCCUGUAGUGUUCAGCAGCCAAUCAGAGCGCUUGUUAGGAAGAAGAGUUGACUGAUUUUAUAGUUUUUUUUUUAUGAACCUUUGAAAAGGAACAGAUCUGUUAGUUUGGGCGUGAACCGGCAAAAAAUACCUCAUCCAUUCCUGGAAGCACACAACUACAGAACUGAUGGGUGACCGGCUGACCGAUGACGGCGUGGCGCCGGUUCAAAGCUGCCCUCUGCUUCAUGUGAUCGUUGUGCUGCUGAUGCAAGCAGAGCUGUUACAGCCCAGCCAGUAGAAUAAACAGAACUGACACCAACGUGUUUGGCUCCCUGCUGUGAUGGAGGCCUCUUCUGCAGAGAGAAGACGCGCGUGCGUUUCACACACUGAUGGGGAAACCUGUUUACAGUCUGAGUCUGACGGCAGCAGUUUCAAAUAUCUUCCUGCUGCAGAGGAGGACUUCAGAGAUGCUGUGAGGUUCAUGCUAUUCUGCAGGCUUCAUUAAAGGCCUCUUGCUCAUCUCAA